GCUGCCGUUCAGCGGCGGGGCCAGGGUGCGAGGGUAGGCGGGCCGGCUCCUUCCCCUCAGCCCCCGCUCCCGGCGCCUUUAAGCCGAGAGCUGUGCCGGGCUGGCGGGGAGCGAAGGCGAGUGGCGGCGCCGAGCAUCCAUGGCGGGCUGGGCCGCCCUGCUGGCGCUGCUCGCCCUGCCCCGCCGCGUCGCCGCUGGCGGCUGUGCCGCCCACGGGCUGUGCUGCCCGGGCCGCGACCCGACCUGCCUCAGCACCGGCCGGCGGCCCGACGGAGCCCACGGGCCGUGUUACUGCGACCAGGCGUGCACUCGCACCCUCGACUGCUGCCACGACUACGCCGACGCCUGCCCAGUUAUCCCCUGUAUUGUAUCCCAGUGGAGUGUCUGGAGCGGCUGUGCGGAGCCUUGCAAGACAACGUAUCGUGUGCGGAGGAGACACAUUGUCCAGGAGCCCAGGAACGGAGGAGAGGCAUGCCCAGCUCUGGAGGAGAGGGCUGGCUGCAUGGAGUACUGGACUCAGCAAGGAACAGAGUGCAGACAGUCCAUGAUCCCAGCAUUAAUAACAACAGGAGGAUUUGGAAAAGCAAGAAAGAAAAGAGCUGCAGCUGAUGGCAGUGAACGAGCAGGGUAUUGUGUUGAGUUCCAGCUUGUGGCCAUCACACCGGGCUGCUUGCAGAGCCAUCACUCGUACACUCGCUGGAUGCAGUAUCUCAGAGAGGGUCACACUGUCUGUGUGGAGUGCCAGCACCCAGCUUUAGACUCCACAAGUCUACAUUGUCAUGGGGAUGGCAGUGGAAGCCAAACGAAUCAGCUGCUGCACUGGCAGGCAGUAGGGAACCCUCGAUGCAAGGGAACCUGGAAGAGAAUUCGCCAGCUGGACACUUGCUCCUGUCCUUCUGUUCACAGCUUCUUGUUCAUCUAACUUCUCCCGACAGUCCCAGCAAGGAAAUGCUGUGAUGGCUUGUCUGGCACCAGCGUGUGGCAGCAGCGGGAAGCACAACCAAAACGAUGACUUCUCCAAGUCAGUUACUCUCCACGAAGUUGCUGUUUGUACUGGGGCAUCCUGAAUCCUCUGUCCAUGUGUACUCCUUGAUUUCCAAAGAAAUCAGGCUUGCUGUGAAAUGCUUUUUUUGCCCAUUAAUCCCUGAGAAGGCCCUGUCAGACCCCAAUGACUUCUUGCAGAUCCCCAUUUUCCCAAGAGGGAUGAGAAUUCACCAAAUAAGAAAUUGUACAAAAAAGGCCACAGGAACCCAAGUUACAUUACUAUUUUUCUAAAGUCACAGUGAAGAAUCAACAGUGCAAAAUAGAUUAACUCCAGAGUCUUCUUUUCAUGGCAGUGGCACUUCGUGGAUGCUUCCUGUUUGUGCCUGUGUGUCUUUUCCUUUUGUUUUCAACCUCUCUGGUCUCUUCAUUUCAUAUUGAUCCUCAGCCUUACAAAGGGUUGCUCUUGUGCUGCUGAGAUACUGGCAAAACAUAGAAAUAGGAGAUACCUGUGAAAAUAGGAGAUACCAAGGAUGAAUGCUGCCUUGAACUUCAGGCUUCAAGGAGCAAGUCCAGGUUGUGCCAAAAUGCUGUGCAGUCCUGGGGCUGUAAACAGGAAGUCAUCCCAGCUGUGCCAGGAGGGCUGGCUGUAGCCUGAUAUUUUGGGCUGUAAAAUAGAUGAAAUAUUUUUCUUACAUUCUGGUGAUUUAUAGUCAUACUUUUGUAUAAAUGAAAAUAAAGGAGAGUGGAAUAUCUGUUUGA